AUGGAUAAAGCUUGGGUCUGGUUACCAAGGAAUAGUCUCGAGUAUGAGCAAGGUGCAACUGAGUUUGUUUUUUCGUCAUCAAGACAAUUGGGUGAUCUAGUUGAAAUGUUCUGCCCUUGCGUUGAUUGCCGCAAUGUCUGCCAUCAAUCAAGAGAGACAGUUUUUGAGCAUCUCGUCAUCAGAGGGAUGGAUCAGAAGUACAAGAGAUGUAAAUAUUGGAGUAAGCACGGGGAUAUAAGGCCAGAUAAGACAGCUGAUGUUCAGACGUCUGAAAAUGAGGCUUAUGAGUUGAUGAGGACAGCUUUUAUAGCGAGCAAUGGCAAGACACCAUUUGAGAAGCAGAAUUCAGAGGAUUUUGAUGGUAUUGAGAGGCCAGAAGAGGACGAGUUUAGGAAGAAGUUAGAUGAUGCCGAGACUCCACUGUACCCGACAUGUCAGAAAUACACAAAGGUUGCUGCUAUCAUGGGUCUUUACCGUAUAAAAGUCAAGAGUGGGAUGUCAGAGAGCUAUUUCGACCAGCUAAUGACAUUAGUUCAUGACAUGCUACCUCCAGAUAAUGUUCUGCCUAAGUCUACGGCUGAGAUGAAGAAGUUCUUAAAGGUGUUUGGUUUUGGUUAUGAUGUCAUCCACGCUUGCAAAAAUGAUUGUAUCCUUUAUAGGAAACAGUAUGCGGAGUUAGUUUGCUGUCCAAGAUGUAGUGAAUCAAGAUGGGAAAGAGAUAAGCACACUGGUGAGGAGAAGAAAGGAGUUCCAUGUAAGGUGCUUAGGUAUUUUCCCAUAAAAGAGAGAUUCAAGAGGAUGUUUAGAUCGAAACGGUUGGCUGAGGAUUUGUGUUGGCACUUCAACAAUGCAACUGAAGAUGGAUCUAUGCGGCAUCCUGUGGAUUCUUUGACUUGGGUUCAGGCAAACGAUAAGUGGCCGGAAUUUGCUGCUGAAGCAAGAAACCUGAGACUAGGUCUUUCUACUGAUGGGAUGAAUCCAUUCUCGAUCCAAAACACCAAGUACAGCACGUGGCCGGUUCUCCUAGUUAACUACAAUAUGGCGCCAACUCAGUGCAUGAAAGCGGAGAACAUUAUGUUGACGAUGUUGAUACCUGGACCAACAGCACCUAGCAACAACAUUGACGUGUAUCUACAGCCCCUGAUAGAGGACCUCAAGGACUUGUGGACCGAAGGUAUUGAAGUUUAUGAUGCCUUUAAGAAGGAGAGUUUUAAUUUAAGAGCUAUGCUUCUGUGGAGUAUCACAGACUACCCAGCUUUAGGGACAUUAGCUGGAUGCAAAGUUAAGGGGAAGCAAGCGUGUAUUGUAUGUGGGAAGGAGACACCGCAUAGAUGGCUUAAGUUUAGUAGGAAACAUGUAUAUAUGGGCAACAGGAAGCGACUGAUGCCUGGUCAUCCCUACAGACGUAGAAAGGGUUGGUUUGACAACACAGUGGAGUCUGGUGUUUCAAAGAGGAUUCAGAGUGGGAAAGAAAUAUUUGACAGCCUUAGAGGAUUUAGAAAUGAUUUUGGAAGACCAUUAGCUAAAAAGGGGAAGCGUAAAAGGGCUGAAGCAGAAGAUGACGAUGAUGAAGCUGCAACAGCUGAAGAAAUCGAAGAAGAUGAUGAUUUAUGGAGGUGGAAAAAAAAGUCUAUCUUCUUUGACUUACCAUAUUGGAAGGAAAUGCCUGUCAGGCAUAACAUAGAUGUUAUGCACGUCGAGAAGAACGUCUCAGACGCACUACUAUCUAUUAUUAUGAAUAAUGCAAAAUCAAAGGAUGGGUUGAAAGCAAGAAAAGAUUUAGAAGACAUGGGAAUCAGGAGCAACUUACAUCCAGAGAAGCGUGGGAAGAGAACUUAUUUGCCUCCAGCUGCAUUCUGGCUUUCCAAGGAAGAGAAAAAAAAAUUCUGUAGACGGCUAUCCAAGUUUAGAGGCCCCGAUGGAUAUUGUGCAAAUAUAUCCAAUUGUGUCUCGUUGGAUCCUCCCAAUAUCGGCAGCAUGAAGUCACAUGACCAUCACGUUCUUUUGCAGAACCUUUUUCCUGUGGCAUUGAGAGGUUUAUUGCCUAAAGGACCUCGGAUAGCUGUCAAUCGUAUCUGCAACUACUUCAACAGACUUUGCCAACGAGUUAUUGAUCCAGAGAAGCUACUGACUCUAGAAUCUGAGAUUGUAGAAACAAUGUGCCAGUUGGAGAGAUUUUUUCCACCAUCACUCUUCGACAUUAUGUUUCACCUUCCUCUCCAUCUAGCUAAAGAAGCACGCUUGGGUGGCCCUGUCCACUUCAGAUGGAUGUAUCCGUUUGAGAGAUAUAUGAAGACUCUAAAAGCUUAUGUCAAGAAUUUUGCACGACCCGAAGCUUGUAUGGCUGAGGGAUAUUUGUCUAGUGAAUGCAUUGCGUUUUGUAUGGAGUUCCUUCGAAAAUCUGUUCCAGUCCAAGAAGCAAUUAAUAGAAAUGAAGAUAUUGAGGCAAUUCAGAAUGUCCUUGAAGGAAGACCAUUACAGAAAGCUACAGAAGUAACCCUCACAGAUAAGGAGAGAGAUAUAGCUCAUCGUUAUAUCCUCAUGAAUACAGCAGUCAUGGAUCCGUAUAUUGGGUUGCAUUUGGAAGAACUGCAAGCUACUGAUGAAAGAUGCGCACAAAAUGAAACUCUACUGUGGAAAUAUCACACAGAAAGGUUUCCCCAGUGGAUAAAAGAUAAGAUACCUAAUAACUCGAAGGAACAUUCGAAAAGGCUGAGAUGGCUUGCUUUUGGACCAAGGAAUAUUGCUCACACAUACAAGGGAUACGUGGUGAAUGGACAUCGAUACCAUUGUGAUGAUGUAAAGCGCAACACACAGAAUAGUGGGGUUGCAUAUGAAGCAUUUUCGAUGUGUCGAGCUAGCGCUAAAGAUUCUAAGCAAAUGGCGGACAUGGUAGCUUACUAUGGAGUGAUAAAGGAGAUCAUAUUGGUGGACUACCACAUGUUCCAAGUUCCCCUGUUUAAGUGUAGUUGGGCUCACAAAGGGAAAGGAGUUAAAGAGGAAGAAGGGUUCACACUUGUCAAUCUUCAUAUGAACCAGUCAUCAUUUGCAAACGAUCCAUACAUUCUGCCAUCGCAAGCUAAACAGGUCUUCUAUUCUAGAGAAGAUGAAAGCUCACCUUGGUAUGUUGUUAUGCGGGCACCACCAAGAGGAUACCAUGAGUUAGAGACAGAAGAGAAGAUCGAUUUUGAACCAUCAGUCCAGCCAAUUGAAGAUAUAGGAUAUCAAUCUGAUGAUGAGAGUUUCUGUGUUAGGGAAGACUGUGAAGGUGUCCUUGUUGAUGUUUAG